UUCUCAAGACCAGGCAGUGGAGCAGAGAAAGAUUGGAGUCACCAACUGGUACUUUGCCAGUGGUCCACUUAAUCCACAGUUUUCUCAGGUUCACCAAUGUUACUUAAUUUAGAAGUCCCGGAAACGCAGAGUUAGCUGCGCGAUUGACUGACAAGGGAGGCUGGGUACAUCGGAAUACCCAGGAACAAAUCUUGCCGGGAUAUUACAAAAGCGAAAGAAAACACUACGCCAGGAUUUGAUAGGGACCUUUAGUCGAAGGGCCGCCACCAUGGAAAAAUUAGUUCAGAGGCUGGAGCAGGCCGUGAUUCGCUUAGAGCAGGUGUCCGUCAACAUGCAGGUGUCCAAUGGCAUGGCCAACGGGGACUGUAACGGGAUCAACGGAGGUCUGUCCCAGUGUAUGGAUGCCUUUGACCUGCUGCUGUUGGGGCCAGUGUCAGAGUACCUGAAGAAUAGCCGAGCCAUAGGAGACGAUGUGGAGAACCAUGCGGAGAUGGUGAACAACGCUCUACAGCUUCAGAGAAGCUUCCUCAAAAUGGCCACCACACACCAGGAGCCUGCUCAGAUGGAGCUGUCUGACCUGCUGAAGCCUAUCUCAGAGAAAAUCCAGGAGAUUCAGAACUUUCGGGAAUGUAACCGUGGUAGCAGCCAAUUCAACCACCUAUCAGCUGUCAGCGAGAGCAUCCCAGCGCUGGGCUGGGUCGCCGUGAGCCAGAAGCCGGUUCCCUAUGUGAAGGAGAUGAAUGAUGCUGCCAUUUUCUACACUAACAGAGUUCUGAAAGACUAUAAAGACUCAGACAAGCGUCAUGUGGAUUGGGUGGGGUCCUACCUAUCCAUCUGGACUGAGCUUCAGAGCUUCAUCAAACAGCAUCACACAACAGGCCUAGUCUGGAGCAAGACUGGUCCCAUUGCUCCUCCCUCUCUGUUCGCUCCUGCCCCUGGCGGUCCCAGCCCUCUUCCACCAACCCCACCCCCUGGACCCCCACCAGUCUUCACAGGCGAACUGCCACAGGCCGACAGCACCACGGCCCAGCACUCGGCUCUCUUUGCCCAGCUGAACCAAGGAGAAGCAAUCACUAAAGUGUUAAAGCACGUCUCAAAGGACCAGAUGACCCAUAAGAAUCCCGCCCUUCGCUCGCAGGGAGGGGAGAAUCACGCCUCCCCAUCCAAGAGCCGGAAUCCCGGCGGCUCCUCCAACCUAGCACCUCCCCAGAAACGACCCCCACUGCUGGAGCUGGAGGGGAAGAAAUGGAGGGUGGAGUACUUUGACCAGGCUCAUGACCUGGUUAUCAAGGAGACAGAGCUGAGACAGGUGGCCUAUGUCUUCUGCUGCAGCAAUUCUACUCUACAGAUAGAGGGAAAGAUCAACUCCAUCAUUGUGGAUAACUGUAAGAAGCUUGGUCUGGUGUUUGACAACAUUGUUGGCAUUGUGGAAAUAAUCAACUCAAAGGACAUUCAGUUACAGGUGAUGGGUAGAGUUCCUACCAUCUCCAUAAACAAGACAGAGGGAUGCCAAGUCUACCUGAGUAAGGACGCUCUGGACUGUGAGAUCGUCAGCGCCAAGAGCUCCGAGAUGAACAUCCUGGUACCACAGGAUGACGACUAUAGGGAGUUCCCAGUUCCUGAGCAGUUCAAGACUGUUUGGGACGGGUCCAAACUGGUGACAGAACCCACAGAGAUCGCUGGCUGAUUGCUGAUACUUCCUCCUCAUUGAGAUGAUCUCUUAUCACCCCCAUUUAUUCCUCAUCUAUUUCCCUCUCCGUCAGAGGUUUCACAAACCCUUAUAGGCUGGCUAUCACAAGUAAUAAAAGGGAUCCUGUACCACACAAACCAGACAGUGUAACUGACUGGCUAGUAGUGCUGUAGGUCAGUUGAUUGUACGCCUGAUUGUAUGCAUUAAGAUGACAUUUCAUUGUUUCCUCUGCACUUUGAAAUGGUAAAUUCUCCUUGAACUGUUUGUUCAGCUUAUUUGUUGCAGAGCACUCUCCUUCACAAAACUACUGUACUAUCCACAGAGUUAUGGUAAGCCUGCUAUUUAAACAAGCAGUAUUUUUGCCAGGUUUCUUCGUGUAGAACUUCUGUGUUUGGCAAAUAAAGUUGCAUUAAAAUGAGGAAUAGCGAGGAAGUGUAGCCUUUAUGUUAAUCUGUUAAAUCUGUUUAUGCAAAAUAAGGUAACAUCUCUCAAACAAGUAUCUGGCAUCUUAACCAUCUGGCAUCGUAACCAUAACAAAAAAGGUGUUUAUGCAAGUAGGCUAUUUGUACAACUUAAUUACUUCUUUACAUGUUAACUGCUGAAAAAGCUACCCUGAUAAGGCAAACCUUGUAUUAGGAUAUAUUAUGGAUGUGUCUUUUGAUUGGAGAGAACCUUCAGAUUCCGUAGUACUUGGCAUUGUAAUGUUGUUGUUUUAUGCUUUGUUGUGGUGACUUGAUUUGAGAGGCAAAGUAUUGAAGAAUGAGGUGGAGUUGACUUUUGAUUUGUAUGAUAUGUAGGAUGAAGAGAAUGUUCCACGGAUAAAAUUAAAUGGCCAGUUUGAAACUAUAUGGUCAGUUGAGAGGGAGUUGUAGAGUAUGUUCCACAAGAUGUUGAAGCAUACACUGUUUUGGUUUGCUUUAAUACUCUACGAUACUUAACUGUUCAGUUAACAGUUGUAUCAUGUUUAUACUGCAUGGUAGUGUUCUCCCAGCUAGCACAUUUGGUUCCUUGGAAGUUGUGGGAGCGUAUGUUUUUGAUUUCGCAUUUCUCGGCGAAGGAAGCUGUAAGUUUCCUGACCAGCAGAACAUAUAUAUAUUUUUAAACAUUCUGUGAACGGAAGUAAAAAUGUUGCCUGUUCUGGGAACUUACAUUUUUAGGUUGCAGGGAGGUUCUAAGAACAUUUUACUAUGGUUCCCUGAGUUUUCCUGGAAAGGUUUUAUUAAUGUUCUGAGAACGGUAAUGUAAUUUGAAGGAAUUAUAUAACAAUCUGAGAACAUGUUUCAAUAAGACUUCUAAUAACACUGCUAGCUUAGUUUAACUGUUUUGAACUCCAAGCACAGAUAGAACAAAUUAAAAUGUAUUUGCUUAGGUAUUAAUCAUACAAUGUUAUUUUUUAUUGUGGUAUGGCGUCAGUGAAAUUCAAACCUAUUAUCUUCUCUUCUCUAUCCAUGGAAUUAUUCCACUACACCACCAGGAUGGGUCUGAAAUUACUACAUUUCCCACCACAGAAACAUAUAGCUCUCAGAAAAUAUGUUAGCUGGGUAUCUUGCUCCAUUCCUAGAAUGUUGUAUGCAAAAUAACCAUAGGGCAACAACACUCCAGCCAAGCUUUAAAAAACAAAUGGUUCUCAGAACUUUGUGCUAGCUGGGGUAGCACUGAAUUAGGAUGGAGUGUUGUUUGUAACACAUGUUUUUCAUAUACUAGCCUAUAUUGCAUUGACAGCAGACUUAAUUGACAAAGUGAAAUGGAAGUUUAAAAAAGUGAAGGAUAACAAGCGCGAGAACUUACUUGCAUUUGAUAACUAGUUUAAGAUAUAUCUUGCUUAUCUCUUAUUAAUUUUCCUAACCCAAAUAUAUGGUUGUAGCAUUACCACCAGUAGAUUGCUCUGUCACCAGCACUGCAUAAGCCUUAAUAUGCUUGGAUACAAAUCAACGUUUUUCAUAAUGUUCAAUGUGUACUGAACUAUUGUCAAUAUACGCACCUGUUAGUCUGAAUACACCACUGUAACCUUAAAUUAAGCAUCUUAAUUUCUUUAAUGCAUUUUGUAUUGGACACAAAUGCAUCAGCAUUUAGAUGGGGUUAAUACACUGUUAGUGCUUUUCACAUGUCUUUAUUCAUACCCAGUAGUGAAUUUAGUGUACAUAAAUGUAUCGUUUUUCAAAAUAAAAUCUAAACUUUA